GCAGUAGUAUGAAAUGUGAGUUAGAUAUUUGCAGAGAACCACUAUGAGCGGAUCAGCAGUACAUCGCCCUGUGAUGACUGCAUCUGUGUGACAGGCCGUAGAGUAAACAGAGACACCAACCUGCAGGGCUGCCGCUCUUCUCCAGGCGUGCAGCGGGGCGGACUGUCCCUUUAAGACAGAUAAAGGCGACAGCUUCGCUCGAGCCCAGCGCAUCGAUGCCGCGCGCUACAUUUCACCAGUAAUUUACACUGCUGCUGCAGGGAUAGAUCAACAUCACUGUGGUUCGGAACGGCCAAUUCAAAUUAAGUGUACUUAAAGGUUUUACAUGGCGGGAGGAGAAACGAGACGCUGUGCGCGGCCGGUUUGCUCCCUGAUGUGUUAUUGAUUCGAGUGGGGAAUUAGCAGCACUAAUUUUGGCACAGUCAGAAUCCUCCACAGAGGCCUUUUCUCAGGGAGGGGAAGGCCGCUGGUUUUCAACUUCCUACCUUUGUUGUUUCAGGACAUCCUGUACAUCAUCUUACCCCAGAGAGCCCCACUUAAAUAAGUAAUAAUGGAAGACAAACGCAAGAAGCGGAGCCCAAAGGUGUCUCUCCCUCAGCCCCCUCCUCCCCCCAUCAACCCCCGCAAACUCUCCGUCCUGCCUGCCAGCAAAAGCGCCACCUUCACUCUCGGCCUGCCGCAGCCUCCCUCCCCCAAGAACAGAGGCAAGUAUAAGAGGUCCAUAGGAGCACCGGGACAGCCCAAAGAGGUGUUCACAGCCGUCGUAGCUCCACCAAAGACCACAAGGCCCCACAGGGAGAAGCCAAAGGCCCCCCAGCCAGCAGGGCCCAGCAAAGUAGUCCAGUCUUCCCCCCUGCAGCACUCCUUUCUCACAGAUGUCUCAGACGUGAGAGAGAUGGAGGGAGGUCUCCUCAACCUCCUCAACGACUUCCACUCAGGCAAACUACAGGCUUUUGGUAAGGUGUGCUCCUUUGAGCAGCUGGAGCAUGUGCGUGAGAUGCAGGAGAAGCUGGCCCGACUGCACUUCAGCCUCGACAGCCACGUGGAGGAGCUUUCAGAGGACCAGAGGAAGUGUGCCUCCGAUCACAACCUGGAGCACCUGCUCUGUAACCUGGAAGAGCUCAGUACCUCAAUACAAAAGCUGCACUUGGCUGAGAACCAGGACCUGCCCAAGACAUCUGGUCCCUGACAAAGUGAGGUACAGAGGACGGCAACCACACACUCAUCUUCUCCCAACAUCUAACCAGUCCAGGUUGCCAUGGCAUUGAUCCAGCUGCCUUAGUUACAGAAUGGAAAGAUCCACAGGAGGGGGGGGCUAUUUUUCCAUUUGGUCUGUGAAGCUGAGGGAACAACGCAGUGACUCAAAGCAUCAGAGCACUGAAUGAGCACUCAACCAAAAUCAUAAACCCCUCAUUCAUGGCACAACAAGUGAUCAGAGGGUUUACUGAACAGCUGUGUUGGAGGAAACAUGUUAAGGUUUUCAGCAUCCCCUUGGCAUCAACUACCUUGGCUCUUGUUAUUAGUUAUAAGUGAAUACAGGCAUAGUCUUUGGCUCUCUAGUUGUGUUCUUUUCCCUUCACAAAAAGCACAUUUAGGACUCUGUGUUUAUUUUUAUUAUGCCUGUCAGUUACAUAAUUUCAGAAGGUUUUUGUCUCUGCUAGGAAAGGUCAAAAAAUGAGCCAUACUAAAGUAGCAGAUAUACUUGGCCCUUGCCACUGUGGUUAGCUCAGAACUCUUUUCACUUUUACUGUUGUUCAGAAUACUCUCACACUUUUUUAUAUCUUUGCUUUUUAAGUUUAAUACUGGAACACAAACUGGAUUAAAUCAAAGCAGGGCUAACCUCUUUGUUGUAACUGUGCAUUUAAAGGGACUAAUUUGAGAGACCUAAUUGUAUGUUGUAUGAUUAACUUACCUAAAUGGUUUAUAUGUUUUGCCAAUGUGCAAUCCAGCUACUGUAUCUGUUGACACAGAUGGUUUAAAAUAACGUUUGAGCUGCAGGAUGUUAUCUGUGCUUUAAUAGGAUUGCCCUUAGGCUUUGUUUUUGUGAAUGAUGGGCCAGUAAGCAGCAUCCAUCCAGGCUCAUUCACCCUGCUGCUGAAGUGCUGUAAAAUCACCCACUGUAACAUGUAGGUCACAGGGACUCUGUCCAGUCUGACAUAACACUGUGUUUGUUGGACAGCACUUUCGCAGAGUAAUCUCUGACGAGUACAAUUUCAAAAGGGCAGCUACUUUCAUAGUGUAUAUGAGCUGAGAUGAUGCUUUGGGUUGCAUUUAAUUCCAAACUUGGCAGCGAUGCACCUUGGCUGUAUUAUUUAAUCCCUGACAAGCCAAUUAAAGUGAUGUGAGCGAUCACAAAGCAUGUCAACACUCUGGUAGUUUUAUAAUGUAAUUUAAGUCUUUUUUACCCCUUGCUCAGCCUUCCUCAGCCUGGAUCACCUCUAUGGCGACAUAAUACAUUUCUCAUUCUGGUCACUCUGUUGAAGAUGGAGAGCCGCAGCUAAGGGUUAUUUUCACUACUGUCUACUCUGAAGAUUAUUUUCUCAGUUCAUUGAUUUAUCAUUUAGUCUAUAUUAAACCUAAAAAAUAAAAAAGAAAUGUCGAUCCGAGUUUCCCAGA